AUGGAACAUAUUGUUCAGGUGAACCUGAAGUUCCUGAGGAGUAUGAUACCUGUUUGGGAGACUUGUAUAGUAUUUCCUGGUUGGAGGAUUCGUAAUGCAAUGCUUUCCUUUAUUAAGAUGCUUAGUGACAGCAAUGAUUUGCCCAUAGAAACUUUGGAGAAGCAAUAUGAAAGGAUGCAGAUCAUAAAGUAUAUGUAUAAUGCCAAGGAAAAUUAG